CAAACUGAAGAUGUCUGCGACAGAGGAGGACACGGAACUCAGAGAUCUACUGAUCCAGAACUUGGAAAACAGCGGUGUUUUGAAUAAAAUCAAGGCCGAGCUGCGUGUUGCUGUUUUCCUUGCCUUGGAGGAGCAAGAAAAAGUUGAGAACAAAACCCCUCUUGUGAAUGAAAACCUGAAAAAAUCCCUUAACACGAAGGAUGGACACUUGGUAGCAGGUCUGAUCACUGACUUCCUGCAGGUCUUCAAUUUAGACUUCACUCUUGCUGUGUUUCAACCUGAAAUUAACACGCUGAAUGGACUUGACUGUCGAGAAAGUCUCUUGAAGGAGCUUGGCAUCUCUGAGUCGGAGGUGAACAAAAAUACUCCUCUCCUGAUAGAAUUGGUUAAGCGAGGCCGUCAUAAGGACAAAACCUCAGUUUUCACAGAGGGAGACCGAGUGACAACUUUUCCCAAGGAAUUGUUGCCCCGUCAAAUUGCUGAAGCCCGAAAAAAAUUUGACUGUCAUGACAAGGACAGAAGUGGAGCGAUAAACAGGCAUGCUGUUAUUGCCAUUUUCUCUGAUCUUUUUCCCCUGUUCAGCAGAAACAUGCUGGAGAGUUACGUAACUGAGGAACUCCGAGCUAAAGGCAAUGACACAAAUAGUUCUAUGGACUUUCAGGAAUUCCUGGGAAUGUACAAAUGUUUCUUUAUACAGUGUCGAAGUGUGGUUGCCAGUGACAAUAGUGAUGCCCUUAACUCCUCGAGUAAAAGUACUGAAGAUAGAAAUAUAUCAUCUUCCGGCAGCAAGAUACCCAGGUAUAAAGGAUUUAUUAAGCACAGUUCAGCACAGGAAGAGAAGGCUGACCCAAAGUCUACGGAAAGAAGACAUGGUGAAACACAGGGGUUUCAGAAGAGCAGAGGGUCUGUUCCAGUGUCUGAAAGGUCAGAGGAGGGAUUGGGUGAUGGGAGGAAUGCUUCCACCCCACUGAGGAGAGUACUGGAUCUUGGAUUUGAGGAUGAGGAAGGAGACUCAUUCUUUGAUGAUCCUCUUCCUAAACCCCAGAAGACCUAUGGCUGUAGUUUACCUUCUGCAGAAAAGCCUUAUUCAGGGCAGAGGCAUUCUGAAAAAAGCUAUAGUCAGAAAGACCUGUCUGCUUUAGGCAGUGAUCAAGAGGGCGAUGCAGAGGACAUGCUUUCUGACUGUGAUAAUAGGCUCAGCCCUGACUCUGAGCCCAGGAGAGACAACUCAGGCAGUAUUUCAGGGAAAGCACUCAUAGCAAACGUACAGUUAAAGAGCGCAGGAGGAUCCAGCUCUGCUGAGAGCAGCCAAAGAGAUCCGGUAUCCGACAAGAAUGGUACCUUUAGUUCUAAAGAGAAAGGGGUCAAAGUUUUCCAAGCACAGAAUGAGAAAACUGGAUCCACUUUGCUGGAUGAAGAUCUUGAUUAUGACGAUGACUUCAACAGUCAUCGCUCUGAAAACUCUAAGAGUGAAGUGAGCAUCGGUGAGGAAAUUGAGGAGGUCUCAAUAGAGGGGCCUGACAUCAGUGAUAAGCUCAAUGACUCCACUCAGGAUGUUAGUGUCUCGCAGAUAAGCUUGGGUGCCGACUACAUGGAAGAUGUUGCAUGACCUCAAACCCCUGUCAUACCCUUAAAUUAUCCUUUAUGUAUUUAAUUGUUUUGACAUAAUAAAUGCUGAAG